AUUAAUUUCCUCUCCGUUCAUAUAUUUAUUAAUUUCCGUUUUGCCCCUUUUUCAACUCCAACGCCUUGAUUUCUUUCUAUGUCGGUGAUUUCUCUGUUUAGGUUUCAAAAAUCAUCUCAUCAAAAUUCCUUUGCCUUUUGAAUUUCAUUCAAUCGUAUGGGAAGUUGGAGAAGACACAGUUCUGAAAUUCCUCCUCAUCAUCAUCAUCAACAAGUCAAGCCCCACAGAAACCCUUCUUUAGGUAAUUGGCACUCCGACGUGCCGUUGUGGGAAAAGAAGUUUUGUUCAUCUGUUGGGUUGAUUUCAUGGAGGAAGCUGUUGGAUACUAAGAAAUGUAUGUACCUUUAUGACAAUGUGGUUAAAUGGAAUGACUCGGCUGGUGAAGAAGCGUUUCACAAUGCAAAGAAUUUAGAGAGGGAACAGAUUGCGCCAGUUGUUAGGGAGGGAGAUGAAGUGAUUGCGAGUUUGUAUGAGGCUCUUGGCUUGUAUCAGUCAUAUACAUGUGUCGGAUGGGGCGAAUCUAAAGAAGACAUUCAGAAACCGAAAGCAGAGCAUGGUGAUUGUGAUCAGAAGGUGGAUGAUGGAGAAAACUCUUGGGAGAUGAAUAAUGCUACCAAGAAUAAUGGAGGUUUGAGAGAUGAGUAUUUGAAUAAUUCAGUUGGUUGGAAUGAUUGGGGGAAUAAUCACUAUCGCAAUCACAAUCACAAUCACAAACAAAAUCACAAUCACAAUGAAUCAGACAACAGGUUUACGAAUCGGAUUUGGAGAGCAUGUGAUGCAAAUUGCAAAAACAUGGGUGGGAAUUGGAACCAUUCUUCGACGUUCAAGGGUUCGAGAUUUCGUUGUGAUGGCUAUCAAAAGGAAAAUGGCUGGAGAAACAAGAGAGGAGGAAGGAAGAAAGUAAAUUUUGCUCAUGAACCUAAUAAUUCUUCUGAAUGUUGGAAGAAUUCUAAUCCUAGUGGACCAGUGAGCCAGCCAUGGUCUUGCAAUGGGAUGCAUGGAGUCCGGAAAAACCAGUUUUGUGAAUAUUGAGUCUAUAUAUCAUUCCUUAUAUUCUUUGUUACCUUGAGGUAGAGAUCAUAUUAUAUAUAAGACAGGCAAACUACGCGUCGUUUGCUUUCCUUUCUGCACGGUUUGAGUUUUGCUAUCCCCCUCCCCCAAAUUCCUUUGUACAGUACAGUCUAAUUGACCAAUAUUGUGGCACAUUUUUGAUGUUGUUGGUGAGAUUAUACCUUUAUUUGGUGGUAGAAAAAGUUCUCCCUGUAUAUUAAUAUUUUGCCAUGUUUCUUUUUACAAGUUUCAGGGCUCGUUUAGCUGGAAGUUUAGCAUUUGAAAAUGCUUUCAUGUUGGUGUGUCAUGUUGUUCAAAUUUGGUCCUAGUUAUUAUUGGGUUUUGAUGGUGACUGUAUGGUUUUGGAUUCUUUAGAAAAUAAAUAAAAAGAAGUGUUUGAUGA